GCCCAGACGUCCACAGGUAUAUAAGGGACGACUGCCGCUUUACCCGACAGACAGCUCCUCGACGGUGGGUCAACAUGAACGCUCUGACUGUGAUUUCCGUGGCAGCCCUCGUGGCUAGCGGCAGCACCUCCUUGCUUGCGUACAAUGGCGUAUAUGGAGGCCAUCACGGCCUUCUUGGCGCCUAUCCUUAUGCAGGUUAUUCUGGCCUGCACCCUUAUUCAUACGCAGGUGUCCUUCCUGCAGCUGCUCCUCUCACCCUCAAAACACCUGUAAUCAAGACUGUGGCUCCUGCACCUGUCUCUUACAACGUCGCUCCCGCACCUGUGUCCUACAACGUCGCUCCCUACGCACCUGUAGCACCUAUCCAGUCUCAGUACCACGCUCAGGACGAGAUUGGUCAGUACUCCUUCGGUUACUCUGGCGGUCCAUCUUCACGCGCUGAGUCUCGCGACGCCUUCGGUGUUGUCCGUGGUUCGUACAACUACGUGGACUCUGAGGGAAAGGUUCAGACUCAGCACUACGUGGCUGACGCCCUUGGAUUCCGUGUGUCCGGCACAAACCUUCCAGUGGCUCCCGACGCCCCUGUGACUGCCCCUCUGGCCGCCCUUCCCGGUCCCCUUCCUGAACCCGUCCAGGACACUCCUGAGGUAGCCGCUGCCAAGGCCGCCCAUCAGCAAGCCUACGACGAAGCUGCAGCCGCCGCCGCUGCUGCCCCCGACACCCGCAAGAAGCGUUCCGUCCUUGCGGCUCCCGGCGUCUACUCCCCUCUCCGUUUCUCAUACGGCUUUUCCACUCCCCUCCACUUCGCCCACUCAGCAACCUAUGCUUCUCCUCUUCACUACACUGCCGCCCAUCCCGCCCUCACCACUUACAACGCUGCCCACGUCCCCACCAAAUACACCACCGCCGCCGGACCCGCUCUUCGUGACGCCGAGCUCCUCCGCGUGGUCCACAACCCCGGUCACGCCACCUCCUACCGCGUGCACAACUGAGUGCCACGAGGUCGUUCACUCACAGUCGUUAGCGUGGACGUGGUGUGUAGAGCACUCGCCCGAUCAUUUGCUUGACUUUCACAUAAGAUAAAAGGAAAGCUUUAUCGUAUAUUUGGCAAGUCUCGGGUGAAGUGUUGACACCUGCCAUGUUUCAGUGUUUACACUUGAAAAGUGGAGUCAUAUUAAUUAAAACAAUGAAAUAUUCUUUCCUCUGAAAAUAUAUAAAGGAAAAUAG